AAAGGCAGUCUGUGCCCCUCAGCAGCGGUGGAACAAGACCAACACGGAAGCAGCAGAAAGCGUUUGUUUAGUAUCUUAUGAAACGUUAUUUAAUAAAGUCCCGGUACACCGGAGUGUGUGUCGGUGCGUGUCCGUGGAGGAUGAUGUCGGUCCCGGUGUGAGUGACACGGUGAAGCAGCUGCUGACAGGCCGAAGCUCAGCGCGUGGAGGAGGACAAGAAUGGCAGACGAAGCUCCUUUCCAGUUUCUCCAUAACGAAGUCAUUCAGUACAUUUACACGUCAGCCGAGAACGGAGAGACGGAGAAUGGACGACACAUCGCCACGCUGGAGAACAUGGGCUUCAGAGUGGGCCAGGGGCUGAUGGAGAGACUUACGAAGGACGCGGCGAGGUUCAAAGAUGAGCUGGACAUCAUGAAGUUUGUCUGCAAAGACUUCUGGACCUGCGUGUUCAAGAAGCAAAUCGACAACCUUCGAACUAACCACCAGGGCAUCUACGUUCUCCAGGACAACAAGUUCAGACUCCUGAGUCAGCUGUCGGCUGGGAAGCAGUACCUGGAACACGCCCCAAAGUAUCUGGCCUUCACCUGUGGUCUGGUGAGGGGAGCUCUGUCCAACCUGGGGGUGAAGAGCAUUGUGACUGCUGAGGUGUCCAUCAUGCCUGCUUGUAAAUUCCAGAUCAUGAUCCAGAAAAUGUGACGAGGCCACACUCACUCUAUUGUUGUCAACUCCAUUAAAGGGAAAUGCCACCCAUCUUCAUCAGUAACAUAAACGUCACUCUGCACUUUAGUGUAACGUCCAGAGCGAUUGCACCAUUGACCAAUAAAAGCCUGCUCUCAAGUCAAUGGUGCUUUAUUCAGAUGGUAAGAUGCGUCUUCAUAAUUCUGGUGAAUUAUUAAUGCACUAUUCAUGGUGGCAAUGUUGAUUUUGUUUUUGUUAAGAGAAAUAGCUUUCCCCCCGUGUGUGUGUGUGUGUGUGUGUGUGUGUGUGUGUGUGUUGCAUAUUUCAUAUUUCUGCACAAUUCCAGAUACAAAUCUGGCUACGCUGAUUGUUUGAUUUUAAUAUUUCCAAUAACCCCAGAGUGAUUAAAAAGUCAAAGUUAAUUUAAAAAAAAGAUAGCUGUAAUCCUUUCUAAAAUUCCCAACAUGUUUUUAUAUAACAAAAUAUUCUGCUUUAGUCCAUAUUUGUUUAACGUUAACCUGCAGAACACAGGAUGCUUCUCCAGUUCCGCAUUGUGAAUAUCAUCGUGGCUGAUGACCAUCUGUAAUCAAAUGAGAGAACAUAUACAACCUCUGUUAAUCAAUUUUACAAUAUGAUCUAAAUGUAUUAAAUAAUCAAUUAGUUUGUUUGUAUUUAUCAUUUAAAAAAACUAAAGAGUGUGUGUGAUCCCAGCCAUACUAGUUUGCUCUAGUUGGAGCUGUAGAGCUUCUCAGAAACCAAUUUUAUGUUUAAGAUAUUCAUAAAGAAAUAACAAUAAUAUAAUCAAAAUAACAUAUCGACCAAAAAUAAUGAUUUCACAUGAUAACACAAGUCCAUGUCUCUAUUCAACAUGAAACAAACCAUCUUGGAGUUAGAGACAGUGUAACAACAGCGUUCCCUAGAACAUCCAAGAAUAUUAUCCUCAGACAUGCCAUAAAUGGAUCAGAUGACUGAAUGAAGACAUUGAUUAAUACUGGUCAUCCUGUUGAAGCAAGGACAUAUCCAAAAUGUUUCUUCAGGUUGAAUCAGUUCAAUAAAUACCUCUCUGUCUACGUGACGGUUCCUUCUCUGGGUACAAAAACAUAAGCCCAGUUAUGAACUAUUCUGGCAAAAUCUACUGAGCAUUCAGAAAGUAUUCAGACCCUUUUACAUGUGGUUAUUGUAACACUCAGUUACCGACUUGUGUAUGCCGGCAACAGACAGUUCUUAAUGAGUUUAUUGUGCAUUGUUUAUUGUCCGUCCACCAACCGCUGCCGGACAACUUUAAUUUCCAGAUGUUGACCUGAAACUUAUUUCACACCUUGUUAAUAUAUAAUUAAAUAGAUUGAUUAUGGAAACUUUUUUGCUGUAUGAAAUGACAAUGCACUCGGUUCCGCCCCUGGAGAGCAGACUGGCCAAUCACAGCGUAGCAUCGGCCAGCUGUGACCAGGGUCUCUGCUUCAUAGACCCUCAUGGUGUCCUCCAUGUCCUGGUGCAGUGGAUCUGGGUCAUGGUGACACGUUGUGUAAUAGAGGUUGAAGGAGAUACACAUUUCUAAAGUGUUACUUUUCUACAUGAAACCCUGUAGAGCUAACAUUACUAAUAUCACUAACUAUAUACUUAACAUGUUGAUGAUUGUAAGAGUGAAUAAAGAUCUACCCAGCAUGACACAAA